CUGGACUUCAGUUCUCAACCCACUUCUGGUGGCUCUCACGUUCAACGCUGGUGCAUCCAACUUCCCCUUCUGGCUUCUGUAGGCAUCUGCAGCAUGUUACAUGCAAAGAACAUCGUUCUCAUUGAACAACAAAGUACAUUUCAGGGCUGAAUUCCAAAUGCGCAAACAGUCACACACCCGCCUCUCUGCUCGAGGUAGUGGUGAGUACCCAUGGGAUUAUGCAAGAUAUCGGUGUGGCCAGCCUGUAACGGCAGCAGGUUUGACGCAGGUGAAAGGACAGACAGACUGACCACAGGAAUCAAACCUUUGUUGGUGUACCAGUUUCACAAUGUUCAGGGCGUUUCCUUUGCUCCUCUGCCCUGUCUGGUUUUUCUCGGAUGCUGCACUCAGGGACCGGUAUGCAGUUCUGCCUUCUCCUCAGCUGCACAAGCAGCCUGUUGUGAAAGGCCUCCAGCAUCUCAUGCAGCCGGAGCGUUGGCUAUCUGGAAGCGAAUGUCUCUGAAUGCCAAGGAGCGCUGACUACGGACGGCCAGAUCCCCCAUGUCAUUGCAAAGGCCUUUGGCAACGGGAGUCACACCUCCCUGGGCUUUCUAAUCCUGUUCCACACAGUGGCGAAGUCGCAGAGGCUUCGGUUGAACUGACUCAUCGUCUGCAGACACUUUGGGAAAGUGGGUGUGUCUCCUCCGAGUGUGACAGCAACGUGGUCCUGAGUCCUGCCUGAGGCACAGAGCCAUUCGACAAGUCCUGUAGAGAGCUCUGUAGAUCCCUGACACUGAGUCCACCAAAGCGGAAACAGGCAGGAUCCAUCCAGUCAAAGAUUCCGGAACGUAAUUAUUGGUAUCUGUUUCCUACCGGAAGCCAAAAGGAGAGGAACAGUGCAGGCGGAAAACAUCUCGGGGAACAUUUUUGGCAGAGGGACAAACUAGCUGCUUUGUGCGCGUCUUUGAGUUUGUGUUUCCGGUUGUGCUCUUGCUUGAGUUUGUUUUUACACGAUGCUCCACAGAAUUCCAGCGUUUAUACGUCCUCGUCCUUUCUCGGGCCUCCCUUUGUCCUGUGGAAACAGGGAGGUCUCGGUGGCUGCGAGUGUGCUACCCGCGGCUGGGUCCGGAGCUGUCAGGACAGAAAAUACUAUCCAAAGACAUUUCUGCACUAGCAGAUCCAUCUGUAGUAAGAAAGAUGACCAGUCUGUUCCAGCCAAUGAAACUUCCCAGAAGGCAGCGGAGAGCCAAGGCGAGGGAAAGGAGACUUUGAAGAAAAACCUGCUGGACGUUAUUAAGGACAUGAAAGUGCAACUGAACACAGCAAAUGUAAAAACAACAAAGCCGCGUGGCAGACAACCUCCUGCCCAUCUGGAGACCGCAGUCGGCAGGCUUCAGAAGGCCCUGGGAGAACCUCCAAGGAAGAGAAAUGAGUUCCUGAGUCCUGAGUUGGUGGCAGCGGCAUCUGCUGUUGCGGAUUCUCUGCCUUUCGACAAGCAGACGACCAAGUCAGAGCUGCUCAAGCAGCUGCAGCAACACGAGGAAGAGUCAAGGGCUCAGACAGACAGACAGAAGCGCAGGGUUAGCUUCACUCAAAUAAUAUCGAAUAUGAAAAUUGCCAAAUCCCCUUCGAUGAGAGUUAGUUCAAGACCACAGCACCAGAUUCAGUUUGACGAAGAAGUGGACAGUUCGCUUAGCCAGGAGAAGCCAGCUGAUUUCAGAAGGAGGAAAUGUUUGUUCAAGGGGAAAAGACUUUCGAUUUUUGAUGUUAAGGCGUUUGACGACGAAGCACCUGAACCAGAAGCAGCACCUUCUCUCUGGGAGAUAGAAUUUGCUAAGCAAUUAGCCACAGUAAGCGAACAGCCGUUUGGGAAUGGGUUUGAGGAGAUGAUACAGUGGACAAAGGAGGGGAAACUGUGGGAGUUCCCAGUUAACAAUGAAGCAGGUCUUGACGAUGAUGGCUCAGAGUUCCAUGAGCAUAUAUUUUUGGAGAAGCACCUGGAGGAUUUCCCCAAGCAAGGACCAAUUCGCCUGUUCAUGGAGCUGGUGACCUGUGGCCUCUCGAAAAACCCAUAUCUGAGCGUUAGACAGAAGGUCGAGCAUAUAGAGUGGUUCAGAAAUUAUUUUAAUGAAAAAAGAGAUAUUCUCAAAGAAAAUAACAUUCACUUAACAUCAUGAGGAAAAAUUUUUAUUUAAACUGUUGAAAAUGUAUAUUAUAGCUAAGUAAAAAUUUUAUCAAAA